AAGCCGGUGACGCGUCACAGCUCUUGGUGAAAAGAGGAGACAAAAAAAAGGGACUAAAAUAGCGCCGAACCUGCGGGUUUCAUGUGCACCAAUGGCCACGAAGUCACUCGUGGUCUCAGAGCUGCGCACUAAAGUGCCACAGGUGAUAGGAGGAAUGCACACAGAGAUGAGAGACUUUGAGCGCCCUGGGUGUUGCAAAUAAGUGACCAAAGUCGCUUCACACAACCGUUGCCAUGUAAGAUUAGUGACCGAAACCUCUGCACGGUGCAGACAUUCUACGCUUUCACCACGUCACUUCUCGGGAGAUCAUGAAACGGCAUCUGAUGUGGCUGAGGCGAAGACACGUUGAGAAAACGGAGGAAAACCAUCUUCACCGAUGAGGCACCCAAGUUCCCCUUCGCCUCUCCCUUUUACGCACAGGCGAGGUGAGGACGGAGAGCAUCACAUCCAUGUAGAGAAAACACCAAUGAGUCAUCCGAGGUGCUAAAAAAAAAAAAAAAAACUACAAUUAUUAUUAUUUUUUUAAUCGAAAGUCAUCCAAAAAGCACAUCAUGGAUGGAGAAGGAAGAACGUCCGGGCUGGUCAAAUCAGCCGCGGUGAAGCUGUCCGAGAUGGGCGAAAGAACCAAGGAGUUGGGCACCGCGAUGAAGGAUCCUCACCGGCAAAGACGGAUCAUAUUAGUGAUUGUUUGCGUCGCUCUCCUGCUGGACAAUAUGCUCUACAUGGUAAUCGUGCCAAUUAUUCCAGACUAUCUCGCGGAGCUGGAGAGUGAGCAGUCGGAGCACGUCCACGUCGUGAUACACCCCAACUCUUCUUCAGCCAACAGCACAAGCCUAGACAAAAGCAACAAGAACAAUUUAGAUGUCCAGAUUGGAGUACUGUUCGCAUCUAAAGCCAUCCUGCAGCUGUUAGUUAGCCCGCUGUCGGGGACCUUCAUAGACCGGGUUGGAUAUGACAUUCCACUUUUAAUUGGCCUGAGUGUUAUGUUCGUGUCCACCUGCAUAUUUGCAAUUGGGGAGAACUACACGACGCUCUUCGUGGCCAGAAGUUUGCAGGGUCUGGGCUCAGCGUUCGCGGACACCUCUGGAAUCGCGAUGAUAGCGGACAAAUACACGGAGGAGUCGGAGAGAAGCACGGCGCUCGGCAUCGCGCUGGCGUUCAUCUCUUUUGGGAGUCUGGUGGCGCCUCCUUUCGGGGGCAUCCUUUACGAGUUUGCGGGUAAGAAAGUGCCCUUCAUCGUGCUCGCCUGCAUUUGCCUGGCGGACGGUGUCCUGCUGCUGACUGUGAUCAAGCCGUUCUCCAACAGGACUAGAGAGAACAUGCCAGUCGGCACCCCCAUAUAUAAACUCAUGGUUGACCCGUAUAUAGCUGUGGUGGCCGGGGCGCUGACAGUCUGUAACAUCCCGCUGGCCUUUCUGGAGCCCACCAUAGCUAACUACAUGGAGACCACCAUGCACUCCACUCAGUGGGAAAUGGGGCUCACCUGGCUUCCAGCCUUCUUCCCUCACGUCCUCGGUGUGUACAUCACAGUUAAAUUGGGAGCUAAGCAUCCACAUUUGCGGUGGUUCUACGGAGCUUUAGGCAUGGUUAUCAUCGGGGCGAGCUCCUGCACAGUCCCCGCAUGCAAGACCUUCGGGCAGCUCAUCGCCCCGUUGUGCGGCAUUUGUUUUGGCAUCGCUCUGGUAGACACUGCCCUGCUGCCCACACUGGCAUUUUUAGUGGACGUGCGUCAUGUGUCAGUGUACGGUAGUAUUUAUGCCAUAGCAGAUAUUUCAUAUUCGGUUGCGUACGCUAUGGGUCCUAUAGUAGCCGGCCAGAUAGUGCACAAUUUCGGAUUUGUACAACUUAAUUUGGGCAUGGGCCUCGUCAAUGUGCUUUACGCGCCAGCCCUGUUGCUGCUGCGCAACGUGUGCCAAAUGAAACCGUCCGACUCCGAGAGAGAUAACCUCUUAGAUGAGGCUCCGCAGGGGCUGUACGAUACUAUCAAGAUGGAGGAGAGGAGAGCUAAAAAGAAGGGCUACAGUUCGGCAGGGAAUUGCUUGGCAGUGGAUGAGAAUGGGUUUGACAAAUUCAGAGCACAGCGGUCCGUGUCAGAAGAGUCGUCCGGUCCGGAGUACACUUAGCCCGGCCACACUCUCACCGCCCUAACCCCCCCACACCCCCUCCGAAACAUACCCCAGGAGAGAUUUGGAGAUGAGGCAGGUUAUAGUCAAGUAAUUUAAACUUUUAUGUAAGUACCGAUGUGCAAUAUAAACACCCAAUCACCAACAUCAAGGUGUGACCCGCUUUAAUUGUUUCUUUUUGACUGUGAUUUCAUUGUGUCGAACACGUCUGUAUAGCGUUUGUCGUAUAACUGGAGUUGUGUGCGACAUCUAUAAGCUACCGUUGAAUUCGUGUGUAUCACUAUUGUAAAAAGAUAUAAAUAGAUAAAUGUACGCACAAUAUUAUAUGGGACCAACUAUAUGCAGCACAUCAACCCCCCCCCGCCCCCCCUUACACAAAAAAUAGCCUAUAUUUUUAGUCUCCGAAGAAACUUUUUUUACUUGCACAUCAAAGGCCUGAUUUCCUUUUUAAGUUGUUUAAAAAAAUCGUGGAUUUUGAUUUUUGUAACAAGUCGGCCUGUUUGAAAUGUUUUUGUUGUUUGGAAUUAAAUGUAUCAUAAUAAAUGGAUUUUGUACAUAUGUGGAUAUGUGCACAAUGUAAAUGGUUAAACAUACGUGGACCUCUGCAAAGUACGCGUGCGUGUGUUUUGUUUGUGUGUGUAUGUGCGCGUGUGUGUAUGAAACAUUUUGUCAAGACGUAGCUAAUGAAUUCCGUCUCCUUCAGAUGAAAACAUAUGUAUUCAUUUAUCAAUUGUCGUUUUAAUAAAUCUCUGUUUGGA